AUGGCGACAGAAACGCUAGAUGACAAGAAACCGGAGGAAGAGGAGGUGAUAGAUAAAGAAAACGAAGAAGGAAGUAAGGAGGUUUUGGAGAAACAAAUGGAAGUUAAAAAGAAGAAGAACGAGGAAGAAGAAGAAGAAGAGGAGGAGGAAGAGAAGAGGGGGAGGAGAAAGAAGAAGAGAAAAGAGCCAGUGACGCCUAGUAGUGAUAGGCCUACAAGGGAAAAAAAAGUCGUAGAAAGGUAUUCAGCUCCUUCUGUUGCAUGGUCUUCCUCAUCUAAAACUCAGUUAAUUGAAAAGAGUCAUGGUACUCAGCUUAAAGAUAUUCCCAAUGGUAUACAUCUCCUCUCUUGCUUAUUUGUUUUUCCCCUUAAGGGAAACUGGACCUGGGAACAUGCAAAACUUAAAGAUAGAAUGGAGACUUUACAAAGAGACCUGAGGCAUUACGAAGGAGAAGAUAUCCAGAAUUUGAGUCUUAGAGAGCUUCAAAAUUUGGAGCAACAACUUGAUUCUGCCCUUAAACGCAUAAGAUCCAACAAUGUUUAA